GCUGCUGUUCUGCCUGAGCCACGGUGCAGCUGAGAAGGUGGAGGUGGCUGCACCUCCUUCAUUGUCUGAGUGGAAGGCACCGAGGAGCGGAUCUGUAAUCCCGUCUUUCCUCCUGCUGCUCACUCACUCACUCUCUCAGUCGUCCGCCAUGGCGACCGCAGAAAGCCUCGUCUCCGGUCCGAGCAGCAUCUAAACACCCAACCGGGUUUCUGCUUCUUUUUUUUACUUGGACGUGGAUGUAACUAAUAUCUCCUUUCAGCUGGUGAAAGACAUCCGUGUGGAUCAGCGCGCAUUUGGAGAGAGAAGGGGCUGGGCAGUGAGCAUUGCAGUGCAACAUGGCAGAGCCAGACCCAGAGCCAAUAGCCUUUGGAGCAGGGCAGCGCCUCGGAGCCCCGGAGACUCUUGGCAUCAGUACGCUGGACCCCGGGCACAGACCCCCGGCCAUGCCCCCUGGACGCCACGUCACCGUCAGGGUUCGCAUGUUGGACGACUCAGAGGAGCUCUUUGACAUCUCGCAAAAAGCCUCAGGCAAGGUGCUGUUUGACCUGGUGUGCUCCCACAUGAACCUCAUCGAGGGCGACUACUUCGGCUUGGAGUUUCAGAACCAUCAAAAGAUGAUGGUUUGGUUGGACCAUAUCAAGCCCAUUAUCAAGCAGCUCAGACGACCGAAGCACACAAUCCUGAGGUUUGCUGUGAAGUUCUUUCCUCCAGACCAUGCCCAGCUACUGGAGGAGCUAACAAGGUACCUGUUUGCCCUGCAGAUUAAACAGGAUGUUUCCUGUGGACGUCUGACCUGCAAUGACACCAGUGCUGCACUGAUGGUCUCCCAUAUUAUCCAGUCUGAGAUUGGGGACUUUGAGGAGAGCCAGUGCCGGUCACACCUCCUCAACAACAACUACAUCCCAGAUCAAAUGCCCCUGAUAGACAAGAUCAUGGAGUCUCACUCAAAGAAUAUAGGUCAAACACCAGCAGAAUCAGACUAUCAGUUACUAGAAGUGGCGCGCAGGUUGGAGAUGUAUGGGAUUCGCCUCCACCCUGCCAAGGAUCGUGAGGGCACGAGGCUAAGCCUGGCUGUGGCAAACACCGGCGUCCUGGUCUUUCAGGGGCACACAAAGAUUAACGCCUUCAACUGGUCUAAAGUGCGUAAACUGAGCUUCAAGAGGAAACGUUUCCUCAUCAAGCUGAGACCAGAUCUAAAUAGUUCAUAUCAGGACACUCUGGAGUUUAUGAUGGGCAGCAGAGACUGCUGCAAAGUCUUCUGGAAGAUCUGUGUCGAAUACCACGCCUUCUUCCGCCUCUUUGAGGAACCGAAGCCGAAGCCCAAGCCUGUGCUCUUCACACGAGGCUCCUCCUUCAGAUUCAGCGGUCGCACACAGAAGCAGGUGAUGGAUUACGUGAGGGAGUCUGAGUUUAAAAAGAUCCCGUUUGAAAGGAAACACAGUCGGGUCCAACACAGCAGUCGGGUCCAACAAAAUAUCCGCCUGUCCCCGUUGCCUUCUCCACGCCACCAUGAAGUGCCAACAGAAAGUGGUGCUCCCGGGGACAGAGUAGACUCUCCCUCUCGGCGUCAUUGGAAGGAGUCGGUGUUGGUGAGUGCAGAAGACCCCUCGGCCUCAAGGACGACAAGGGCGAGUCCGUCUCACCAGAGAAACGGCCACGAGGACAGAACGGGGUCUGUGUCCAGGACCGAGGAGACGAGAGGCUCAACGCGACAGACCCACCCAGAACAUCCGCGUACAGGAGUGGUGCCCAACAGCCCUCACCUGUCUGCGUCCUCUGGUCACUCCCACGGCAUGGUCAACGGUCAGAAGUCACUGGAGCUGUGCGGUCACAGUCCCGACGGCCGGCUGCCUUCCCCACUCACCAGCCCGCUGCUCAACGACGCCGGCAGCAUUCGCACUGACGAUGAAGAUGAGGUUCGGAGGAAGCGGUUCCCAACAGAUCGGGCCUACUUCAUCGCCAAGGAGCUGUUGACCACAGAGAGGACGUAUCUGAAGGACCUGGAGGUGGUGACUGUGUCUUUCCAGAAAGCUGUAGGACAAGAUGAGGCGACUCCAGACUCUCUGAAGACCACCGUCCUCUCCACCUUCGAGCCUCUGCACAAGUUCCACGCAGGUUUUCUCAGGGAGGUGGAGCAGAGGCUUGCUCUGUGGGAAGGACGCUCCAAUGCUCACAUAAAAGAUUACCAGCGCAUUGGUGAUGUCAUGCUGAAGAACCUUCAGGGCCUGAAGCCCCUGACAGCAAACCUGCAUAAGCAGUCUGAAGUUCUGUUGGAGCUGGAGAAGGCGUGCAGGGGGUCCCGCAAGUUGGAGGGUCUCUGCAGGGACUUUGAGCUGCAGAAGGUCUGCUACGUCCCCCUCAACGUCUUCAUCCUGCGGCCUCUGCACCGCCUCAGUCACUACAAGCAGAUCCUGGAGCGCCUGUGCAAACACUACCCAGCUACUCAUGUGGAUUUCAGGGACUGCAGAGCUGCUCUGGCAGAUGUGUCUGAGGUGGUGGAGCAGCUCCAGGGAAGCCUAAUGAAGAUGGAGAACUUCCAGAAGCUUCUGGAGCUGAAGAAGGAUUUGAUUGGCGUCGACAAUCUUGUUGUUUCUGGUCGGGAGUUCAUCCGGUUAGGCUGCCUCAGCAAACUGUCUGGAAAAGGCCUGCAGCAACGAAUGUUUUUCCUGUUCAACGACGUCAUAGUGUACACGAGUCGAGGGAUGACGGCGACCAAUCAGUUCAAAGUGCACGGGCAGCUGGCGCUCAAUGGCAUGACAAUCAGAGAGAGUGAAGAUGAGUGGGGUGUGCCGCACGCCUUCACGUUGGUUGGACAGCAGCAGUCGGUGGUGGUGGCAGCAAGUUCGCUAAUGGAGAUGGAGAAGUGGAUGGAGGACAUACAGAUGGCGAUAGAGACGGUGAAAACCAGCAACGGGCCUUCGUCUGACAUUCUGACCAGCGAUCUGAUAGACAACAAAUGCCCUGAGGACUCCUCGGUGGAGGCGGAGUCUGAGGACGACAUAACGGCAUCGCACACCUCGCUGGAGAGGUCCGCCCCUCACCGUGAGGACCCUAGUCCAGUCAGUGAGAAUAAGGCCCCCCUGGUGGGGCCAUCCAGUGGCCAGGGACCAGUGCCUCUGUCUGUUAUCUGCUGGUACCGUGUUCAGAGCCUCUCCUUUAGUGAAUCCUGCAGGAGUCUAGAGAAUCAGCUGUCUGGAAACUUACUGAGGAAGUUUAAGAACAGCAACGGCUGGCAGAAGCUCUGGGUGGUCUUCACCAACUUCAGCCUGUUUUUCUACAAGUCUCACCAGGAUGAUUAUCCACUGGCCAGCCUUCCUCUGCUGGGUUACUCAGUCACCAUCCCCUCAGAGUCUGAAAACAUCCACAAGGACUACGUCUUCAAACUGCAUUUCAAGUCCCACGUCUACUAUUUCCGAUCGGAGAGCGAAUACACUUUUGAGAGGUGGAUGGAGGUCAUCCGCAGCGCCACAGUCCCCUCCAGCGGCGCUCGCAUCCUGAACAGCAAAGAGUCCCACCCUCACUGAGUUUGUGUCCACACGCCAUCUCCUUCAGGACAAGACUCUUUGCUUUUCUUUUCUACACAUUUCUGGGACAUUUGUACAUGUGUCCAUGCACAUUUGGUGCUUUUUAAUGCUUUAAUGGUGACAUGUCCGCUGGUUUAGACUGCAUCAGAGACUGCAUUUUUUGGCAUUUUUACUCUCAACUCUGAAACCUCUUUUUAAGGAUGUCAUUUUAUACUGUUUUCUAAUGGUCUGAACCACUUCCUAUCUUUCUGGUUUUACAUUUUGUCAUUGGUUGUUCUUACAGUAGGAACAUAUUGGUAUAGAUAUUCAGCAUUAUUUCUUAGAUGGUUAAACUGUCACUGCAUUGUCAUAACGAUUUUGUCUACUUUUUCAUCUUAUUGAAAACUGCUGCUUUGAAAAUGUCCUGCAACUUCAGUGCCAAACUGGUUUAUAUAUCAAUGUCCUGGACUUUUUAAUGCUAUUUUGUUACAUUGGGGAGUGUCUCCUUAGACUGUAUACCAUGACAUUUUAAAUCAUAUUAAAACAGGCCACCCUUUAAAGGUCGAUGCUCUGUUCACACCUGGCCCAGCACAAUGUGUUCUUGUUUUAAAACAAUUAUGAAAAUAUGAAAUUAUUUUGUUGUAUUAUUGACAUAACCCUAGGAUGGAUCACAAUGUGGCCAGGGGUAGCUGCCAGAUUAAUGCCAUUUCAAGUAAAGUAAAUAUUCUAUUCGCUGAUAUUUGUUGUAUGAAUACGUCUCAGACUGUUUUGCUUUUUUUUGGCUUUUUUUUUUUACUAACUAAAGUUCCCCUUCAGCUCUGUGAGAAAAUGUGAGAUUUGUUCAUAAUCAUUGUAUUAUGAAGGUGAGUGUUAUUGAAAGCUUUAAAGAUUACGUGUGAAACAAAAUAGAAACUUUCAGUUCCAAGCGCCGUUGCCCUCGCUGAACUAGGCUGCCUCCUGUAUACAGAUACCAGAUCUUUUUAUGGGUCUACAUGAAUGGAAAUAAUAUGCAUUUGAACAGGGUUUUGCAGUUAAGCAAAUGAAAUGGAAAACCUCAGUUCUGCUUAGAACUGCAACGUUUUGCUUUUUCUUCAGACAACAGAGAGCUCUUUGGAAAUGAAAGCAAUAAAAAAAAAAAACUUAUUCAAACUUA